GGGGCUUUCCCCGCCUGCGCCGCGUUCCGCGUUGCUUUGUGGCUGGAGUCCGGGUAAGGAGACAGCCGCAGCCCUUGAGCCAUGAAGCAGACGGAUGGCGCAGCGCGCGCAGCGCCGCGGUCGCAGGCCCGAGUUUUUCUCUUCUUUGCAGCCCUGGCAGCGCUGCUAGUCAGAUCCCAUGACUGGACCCGGAGCUUCGUGGCAGCGCCCGGUGUGGCGAAGGAGCAGAGCCGAGCUCUGACCGUGAAGUCCCAGGCAGAUGACUGGUACAUGAUGCCCCUGGGCGUGCCUAAGGUAGCAUACCGAAUUCCAGGCGCGCCGAACGCAGAAUGGGUCGACAUCUACAACAGGCUGUAUCGAGAGAGAAUUAUUUUCAUCGGCAAGGAGAUUGACGACAAGCUGGCAAAUGAGGUCAUUGGUGUUUUGUUAUACUUGGACUCUGAGGACAGCAACAAGCCAAUCUACUUGUACAUCAACAGCGCUGGCGGAUCGGUCAUUUCUGGUUUGUCCAUCUAUGACACCAUGCAGCACAUCAAGUCACCUGUCAUUACCAUCAACGUUGGCCUUGCGGCCUCCAUGGCCUCCUUCCUGCUGGCUGCAGGCGAGAAGGGCAAGCGCAUUGCUCUCCCCCACAGCCGCACCAUGAUCCAUCAAGCGAUGGGUGGAGCGCAGGGACAAGCCGAGGACAUCAAGGUAGAGGCGCAGCAGAUUUUGCAGAUCCACGAGAACAUCGUGCGGAUGUAUGCCCAGAAGACGGGCCAGGACCAGGAGACGAUUCGGAAGGACCUCAUGCGGGACAACUUCAUGUCAGCCGAGCAGGCGAAGGACUACGGCUUGAUUGAUCAGGUGAUUCAGAUUGCCGACACUUCCGACCUCAAGGCGGUCGCUGACAAGGUGAAUGCGGAAGCACCAAAGGAGUCCGCUGCUCCGCCCUCGCCGCCGCCAGAGGUGCCUGACAAGGCUCCAGAUGGCGACGAGGAGGAUGUCCAGCCGGUCAUGUGAGGGCAGUUUGCUGGUUUGGAGUAGUGUUUCACUCCCCGCGCGUUUUGGUGCCACGGGUUUGCGGCUGCGGCUUAUGCGCCUCGCCAUCAGAGGCGAUUGGCUGGUCAUCUUAAAACCCAC